AGGACAAUAUUCGAAGACCCUAUGUUUUUGUCCAUAUCUUUCAAUAAAAGUAUAAUUUCUCAUCUUCUACAUAUCAAUUAUUAUGCCUCACAUGGGAUUCAAAGUCAAUAUCAAAUUUUGAAUCCAUAGCCCUGCUGUCAAGAUUACACGUGCAAUUAGCUUGCACAUGUUUCUCUCAUUUGAUGUGCUCAAAAAUUCAAUGAACAACGUGAUUUUUGUCUCCAUGUUGUGUGGAGCAAGCCAAUUAGUAGUAAUGAUCAAGACCUUAAUAUUGUUCAUAAUUUUCCUAUUUAUGUACAACGAAUUCACUCUGUAUUAUAGUUCAUUUAUAAACCAAAAACUGUUUUAUUGAUCCUAUUUAUGCAGCUAAUGAUUAUUUAAAAGGGUAUCUAUCUGCCAAAAUAAUAAUAAUAAUAAUAUCUAUACAUGCAUUUAAUGCUUGAAAAAGUGACAUGGCAAUAGAACUCUUGAAUUGAAAUAUGUUUUGAGAACUCCAAUGUGAUAGCUAUGCAUGCAAGCGUGUGUUCAAAGAAGAAAAAACAAAUGCUGAGUUGGGGUGUUCCUAUGUAAGAGACAUAGCAGUAACAAUACUGAGAUCUCCUAGAGAUCUGAAUCAAAAUCAGUUAGCCCUCAUUUAUUUUUGUUCACAUUUGAUUCCUUUUGUCUCCUAAUCCUUCAAUAUAUAUUGAACUAAUCUCAUUGGAAGGAAGGUAUAUCCAAAAACUCAUCACUUGUGUACAUAUUCAACCUUUUGAGGCCUUAUUUUCUCUUCUCUCUGAGAAAAGAUGGCGGCAGCAACUCCUUUUAGCCCAACAUCUCAUCACCAACCACGCUCGAAAAGCUUGCCAACCAGACCGCAUCCGAUCAUACUACAAUGCAACCAGCAUUUGGCUAAUCUAGAGGCUUCAGAUGCAUCUUCACCUACAUCAUCUUUGUUAAGGCACAAACUAACUGAUCUGCAAACCCUGCAUGAUUGUGUUGAAAAGUUGGUUUUGCUGCCACUUACUCAAGAAGUCCUUGUCCAAGAGCAUCAAGAAAAAUGGGUUGAUGAACUCUUGGAUGGAUCUCUAAGGCUCUUAGAUGUAUGCACUGCAGCAAAGGACGCCCUGCUACAUACAAAGGAAUGUGCACGUGAGGUUCAAUCCAUCAUCAGAAGAAAAAGGGGUGGUGAGAUGGAAGUUGCAGCUGAGGUAAGGAAAUUCUUGGCUUCUAGGAAGGUUGUAAAAAAGGCAAUCCUCAAAGCCUUGUCGAAUUUGAAGAUCACGGCAAAGAAAGGAAAAUUCUGUCCUAGCAACAAGGAUCAGCAAACUGUGUCUUUGGUUAGCCUCCUGAAAGAUGUGCAGGUUAACACGCUUUCCACAUUGGAGUCAUUGCUCAACUUUAUAUCCGGACAAACGCAAUCGAAAUCAAGUAACUGGUCCUUGGUUUCUAAGCUAAUGCUCAACAAUGCUAAGAAGAUUUCUUGCACACAAGAGGGGGAUCAGAAUGAGUUCUCCAAAGUAGAUGCUGCAUUGCAAUCCUUUGUGUUACUUACAAGCAAGCCAGACAGUAUCUCUAACUUGCAGAACCAACUGGAGAAUUUGGAGUCUGUCAUUCAAGACUUUGGAGAAGGACUAGAAACUCUUUUCAAAAGAUUUAUCAAGAUUAGAGUUUCCCUCCUCAACAUCCUGAAUCACUAGUUGUAUAAAUGAGGCACAAGUGAUUUUUUGUAAUUAUGUGAAAGAAAUGAGUUUCUAAUAUGUAGUUUUAGAUGAAAUGAAAAGCAAUUCUUUGCACAUACACUCAA